AUGACUGAUCUAACAUUACCCAUGCUCAAGAGAAACAAUCACCGGCGGUACAAUCCACUGCUUGAUGAAUGGGUUAUCGUGGCAAGUAACCGAGUUUCUCGACCUUGGCAGGGAGCCAAGAGUGAUCCGCCUUCGUUUGCUACAAGUACUGGUGUAAAUUCUUUAGCGCCUGGUGGAAAGAGGCAUAAUGAUAUGGUUACCCCAAACUACACUUCGACUUAUGUAUUCGAAAAUGACUUUCCAAGCUUUACUGACUUUCCGGGUCAAGAUGACGGGGACAGCAAAGAGCAGGAUGAGCUUUUUCGACAAAUGGAGAUUCGUGGAGUGUGUCGGGUGAUUUGCUAUCAUCCCGACACGAAACAAAGCCUUGCAACUAUGUCUGUUGAAGAUGUAACCAAAGUGGUAAAGGUAUGGAUAGAACAGUUUCAAGAGCUGAAAGAGCGUUAUCUAUGGAUUCAGAUAUUCGAGAAUCGUGGAGCUGCAGUUGGCUGCUCGAAUGCGCAUCCGCAUGGACAACUCUGGGCGUCAGAUUUUUUGCCGAAUUUGCCGUUAAGAAAAGACAAAUGUCAACGGGAGUACUACUCAAAGCAUGAACAGCCCUUGCUCAUGGACUAUUUACGGAAGGAAAAAGAAGGAAAUAGCGAAAGAAUUGUCCUCGAAAAUGAACAUUGGACAGUGCUCGUGCCAUUUUGGGCGGUGUGGCCCUAUGAGACAAUGCUGCUCCCUAACAGGCAUAUUCAACGGUUGGAUGAAUUGGAAGAGGACGAGCAAGUUUCUUUGGCAGACAUUUUGCGGCGAAUAAUCAUCAAAUAUGAUAAUAUAUUCAAGUGUUCUUUUCCAUUCAGUAUGGGCUGGCUAGGAGCUCCUACUGGUCCUGCUUUAGAAGAGGACACGAAGCAUUGGUGUUUACAUGCAUCCUUUCAUCCACCACUGCUGAGAUCAGCUACCGUACCUAAAUACAUGGCGGGAUACGAAGUUUUCUCUGAGCCGCAGAGAGAUAUUACGCCUGAAGCGGCCGCAGCAACUAUCAAAGCCCAGUCCGAAAUUCAUUACUCGUCCAGCUAA